UGCGCUGAUCAGGAAAGCAUUUUGAAACAGUAACGUCAUUGCCUUCAAAUAAUUGUUAUUAUUAUUUUAAUCUUAUAAACUAGCUCACGUGCGAGUCGGCUCUCAACGUUCAGCUAAAAGAGCCGGUUCACAGAGCCGACUCGUUCACGAGCGACACAUCACUACUAGUAAUACAUUUUUAAAAAUUGUAAUACAAAUAAAUAUUUUAUUUAUGUAUACUUCAAACAAGUUACGUUUCAUUCUGAUUAUGAUGGAACUGGCCGUAAACUAUUUCUAUGAUUCACGCUGCAAAACUCGAUUCAAAUUCAUAUCAUAACGAAUCAAUAGAUGCUUCGAGAAGCACUGGAAUCAAGUUGGUUUGACGUUGGACGUUCGAUAUUCGCAUAAUUUCCGAAUUUCCGCGGAUAUCGAACGUCCAACAUCAAACAAACUUUAUUUCAGUUUGAGAAGCUCGGACUAACGGACUGAUUAGACAAGGCUAACUAGCUAGCUAGUGUGCAAAUAUGGAUCCAAUAGAUAACAAAAAUAAACAUGACGAAGAUGCAGAUCUUGAAGGUAGCAGCUACCUGCUGAACGUUACAGAUGCUGAGUUGGGAGAUCAGUUCAUGCAUACAAGCUCUCCAUUAAAAGACAGGAGUGAAGGUGAAUUAGAAAGCGGCUUCAGGGAUUCUUGUUCUGAUGAGGCCAGUCAGGGCACAGAGAGCAAAGUGGAGACCCUCUCCAAGGGCAUACUUCGUUAUACGUCCCCCUUGCCUAUGCACAAGUGGGUUCAUGUGGGGGAUCCAACUGAUGACAACACUUUUCCACUCUUAAACAGUCCAUGUACUCCCUGUGGAUGCUCCAAUCCAUAUAAACACUUAGAGGACCAAGGGAAGGAGUAUGUCGGUUGUGCUGCGCUGCUGUGCCAAGUCCAACGAAAAGCAGUGAAAAAGGGAUUCGAGUUCACGCUGAUGGUAGUAGGUGAGUCUGGCUUGGGCAAGUCCACUCUUAUCAACAGCCUCUUUCUCACAGACCUGUACAAGGAGCGGACUCUUCAUAAUGCUGAAGGUGGGGAUAAUCAUAAUGAUAAUUUGUGUGUAACUUCGCUGCAGUUUCACAAGACUGAUCGGAAAGACAUUUUGUCUGUCACAGAAAGGAUAAAAAAGACUGUAGCAAUUACCAAGAGGAGCGUAGAAGUUGUUGAAAAGGGAGUUAAGCUACGGCUCAACGUUGUGGAUACUCCAGGUUUUGGAGAUGCUCUCGACAACACUGACAGCUGGAAAGCUGUGGUAGAUUAUAUUAACCAGCAGUUUGAGGAGUACCGAAAGGCAGACAUCCGACUAAACCGUAAGAAGAUUCAGGACAAUCGGGUGCAUUGCUGCCUGUAUUUCAUCUCGCCUAAUGGACACGGACUCAGGCUGAUAGAUAUCCAGUUCAUGAAGGCACUUCAUAAGAAGGUCAACAUAGUGCCUGUUCUGGCUAAAGCAGACUCGCUCACUCGCUCAGAGAUUCAGUAUAUGAAAACCAGGAUUGUGGAUGAGAUCGAUAGACACCAGAUCAAGAUCUACGACUUCCCAGAAUGUGACUCAAGUGACGAUGAGCUCCUAAGAAAGCACAAUUCUUCCCUUAAGAGAUGCAUACCAUUCGCAGUAGUUGGGAGCAACACAAUAGUGGAGAGCAACGGCAGGAAAGUUCGAGCUCGUGUUUAUCCAUGGGGUGUUGUGGAAGUGGAGAACCCUGCUCACUCUGACUUUGUCUAUCUGAGGAGCAUGCUGGUACAUAUACACAUGCAGGACCUGAAAGAAGUGACUGAGGACACGUUGUAUGAGAACUACCGUACUCAGACCAUGUGCCAAAACAAAGACUCUGCUAAUCGGGAUGUAUCUUAAGGAUAUAUUGAAGGAGGAGCUUUGUUAUUAUUGUUAUUGUUCCAGCAGAGUGUGGGGUGUAAAAAAAAUAAAUAAAAAUAAAAAGUUGAUUGCGGUGCUUUUCAUUGCUUACUGUUCACUGUGUAACUGGUGUUCCUGCUGCUUUCAGGUCGUCCUGCGACUCUUUUCCAGCCAUUUCUCAAAAACCAAAGUGUCUUUCCCUUUACUAUAUUUGAACAGUAUCAUAAACGCACUCUAUCAGAUUUAAGGCAAGACACAAGAGGUGAAUUGUUUUUUUAAAAUAGAUAUAAUAAUUAAUCAAAAAAAUUUCAUCAAGCGUGUUUUAGAAGCAAUAACAAAACAAUACUGUCAUUUCUAAUGAGUUUGGAGACAUGGGAUGGUUCUCGGACCCUAACUUUGUAUGCUCCUUUAUAAUCUUUUAUAAAAAGAAAUGCUUAAUCCUGCUACAGCGGCUCCAUUCUCUUCAUCACACGUCUUCUCGAAGUGGAGAACCCUGCUCACUCUGACACUGUCUAUCUGAGGAGCAUGCUGGUACAUACACACACGCAGGACCUGAAAGACGUGACUGAGGACACGUUGUAUGAGAACUACCGUACUCAGAUCAUGUGCCAGAACCAAGACUCUGCUAAUCGGGAUGCAUCUUAAGGAUAUGUUGAAGGAGGAAGACACACUUCUGGGAAUAUUGUAAGAACAAAUAAAAUGUCAGGAAGAACGCAAUUACCAGGACCAUUAUUUCCAAGGAAGUCUUCUUUGUUUGAGUUUAUGCUAAUCGUGUUCACACGUAAAUUUCUGAUGUUACUAUUUAUCCUUCACCAUACAGUAUCCAGUUUUUGUUCAGUCAGUGAUGAAUACAUUUGAGCAAGUAAUAAAUAUUUCUGGGUUAUAA